UCGACAUAAACCUCAAAACAAAUUGUUGCUCUAGCUUUAAUUGACAGUGAACAAUGUUUUGUAUUACGAGUAUUUUUGUCUUUGGUGCUUGUGUUAGCCUAGCAUGUGGAGUUCUUCUUGAAGACACUGUAGAAAGCAGAUUGGCAAGUUUGGAAACACAGAUGGAACGUGUGGUAAAAGAGUUGGCGGUAGUACAGGGAUGUACUUCCGAUUUUUGCGAUAUUCAUUGGACGAAAUGGGCAACUUGGAGCUCCUGGUCAAAGUGUACGGGACAAUGCAACCAGGGAUAUGGAUCUAGCAAGCAAACCAGAACACGUACACGCACGUGCAUUGGGCAAACUCCUGACACCCAGGGAGUACAGUGCACUGGUGAUUCAGUGGAAACUGAUAAAAGACCAUGUAAUGCCGUAGAACUCUAUGGUUGUCUAAAUUCUGCACAGAACACGAACAAUACAUAUGGAAUGGUAUACAAUUUCUUUGACGAGCUCGCACAAAGCGCGUGCACUGCUGCUGUGAAUACUGCCUCGCACGUGCUUGCGCUGAGACGAAACUGUAAUACUGGAAAAGCACCACAGUGUUCUACGAUCUGUUCAAAUGCCGGGUACCACUGUUUUGACGAGCUUCAUGUUUAUCCGCCUCACAAUAUACUUAAGCCAGACGUAUAUACAGAUGAAGGGAAACCGGGAUUGAUGAUGUAUCGAUAUUUUUCAUGCACUUGGAGCACCGGCAGUUGUGGCCCUAAUUACUGUUGUUGCAACUACUAGUAUAAGAUACUUUUCCUUGUAGGAAAAAAAAAACAUUUACGGACUAACUGCCUUGUUAAUGAAGACUGGAAGUGUCAUUUUCUUCUGACCUGUGGAUGUUUUCCUCUCGAUAUCUUAAAGUGUUGUAUAUGUUACAUUUGAGAAUUUAAAAGUAAAAGCAU